AUGACGAUUACCUUAUCUGUUAUUCUUAGUGUAUUCCUUUUAACACUCCAUUCUGCUCAUACAACUCAUUUUCAUGGUGGAAUAAUCACAUGGAAGCCGAUGGAUGACACAACUGUGAAUAGUAGUACGGUUAGUGUUAUGAUAACACAAAGUUAUGAGUGGACAUUGUCCGAAGUGCCAUGCACGAGCACGUCAAUAGCAGCUGGCACAUUAUUAUCUUGCACAAGCGCUGGUUGUGCAUUUGUUAGUGCAAACAGCGCACAAUUAGCAUGUACAACCAGUGGAGCAUCGUGUGGUGGUUAUACAUCCUUAUCCAUUAAUGGUUAUUGCACGGAUUUUAGCACAGCAUUAGACACAACGUCUGGACAAAUAUCUCAUAUUGAGAAUUUGACACCUAACUCACGAUUUUAUGUUCAAUUUGAUUCCGGUCAGGGUACAUACAUUACUCUGGGUGCCACUAGUGGGAUGGGUACAUACGGUCCAAAUUGGAUACUAUUGUGCCUGAUAGAUUUAAGUGUCAGACCAGAUGGUAUCAUCAAUACACCACCUGUUGCCACAGUUAUUUCUCCGAUUCAAGUGGCAGUGAAUACUAUAACGACUAUUACAAUACCAACACUCGAUGCUAAUAAUGACAACUUGAGAUGUCGGUGGGCAGUGAAAAAUUCGACAUACGAUGAGUGUAACGACGUUUGUCAAACGUUACCUAACAGUACAUUGGCCAGUGAUUGCACACUCGUAUUCAACAGUUAUGGUAAAACACCAAGCACUACUUACGCUGUUGCUUUGAUGGUUGAAGACUUUUGGAAUUCCACUACAACAAUUCCAUUUAGUAGUGUGCCAAUUCAGUUUCUCGUCACAAUUAUUUCCACUCCACCUUGUCCACUGACGCCGAUCAUCAUUAGUGAUCUAGCGCAAGGAGCAUGUACUGCUGUGCAAGUCGGCAUACCAUUUUCGUUUCAAGUAGUUGCACAGAAAGGAUGUAAUGGAACAACGAUUACUGAUAUAUUUACAAUGCCGCCAUUCAAUAUGACUAAAAGUAGCCUGGUACAAAAUUCAACCAAUAUUUGGAUGAUUACUGAAACAUGGACACCGUCUAAUUUACAAACUGGUUCACAAGUAUUUUGUGCUGUUGCGGUUGACAGUGCAAAUAUACAAUCGCCACAGUAUUGUGUUACAUUUACUGUUGUUCCAGCUAAUAGUACCUCUUUAUGUCCUGGUCAAACGACUACAACCGCCAUCACAAGUAUACAACCGACAACGGUGGUAACCACAAUUUUAAGUGGGGAAACAACAAUCAAUUUAUCAUUAAUACUGGGGUUAUCGAUGUUAGCUUUAUUAAGUCUUUUAGCUCUGUGCGCUUGUUGCUGUUAUUGUUGGUUAUGGAAAAUUUGUUGUCGAAAACGAAAACAAUCAGACAAAACAAACGAAGUUAAAGAAAAAUAUUUGCUAAGAGGUUCUGAUACCACCGAAAGUACAGAUAAUGUAUACGAUCCAUCUAUUUUGUCCACUUCGUCGAAUCCAAAAUGUCAGAUACAUAAGUCAAAACAAAACUAUACAAUCUACAAAGCCUUCGAUGUUGUUAAAGACAAUUUGAAUUCUACAAUACAAAGCAGGUUAAAAUCGUCUCGACGAAAUACACGUGUUAGUGUAUUGAGGGUUGAUAGAGUAAAUAAAUCUGUGGAUCAAAACAGCGAAACAGCUGUUUACGAUGAUGGCAUUUCUCAGACGGAUAUAUCCCACAGACCUACAUCAAAAAUGAGUAAAGCUAAUCGAAUUAGUGUGAUGAAAUUGCAACGAAUGCAAUCGUCAAAAUCGAACAAUGACGAGGGAAUGGAAACAGGUACAAUCACAUCUAAUAAUAGAGCUAGCAUUAACAAGGAAAUACAAUCAUCAACGAUAAAUAACUCGCUUACAGAUAAUCCAUCAACUGGUGAUAACAAUAGAACUUCAAAUGACACAACUAUUCCUAAAACGGUUAAUAACAUUAGUGUAGUGAAAUUACCAAGAGUAAAUUCGACUCCAACUGUCUACCCAAUUUUUGAUGUUCAGUCAAACAAUGAAGAUAGAAAACUGACACAUCGAACGGAUACCAUUACUUCAGAUGACGAAAUGCUUUCUAGAACAAAACGAGCUCAGAGGGUUAACCACAUUAGCGUGAUCAAACUUAAAUCUUCGGAAAUUAAUUCUAUAUCAUCCACCGUUGACAGUCCGAGUAAAACAAUUGUGUUAGGUGACGGUCAAAAACCGUCUGAACGUGCCAGACCUUCUAGACGUAAAGAGACGAACUCAUCCCGUACUCCUGCACAGGCUAAUGAAUCUCCUGCUUAUCGUUCUCAAAAAAGUGCUUCGAACAACGUUACCAUUGUUAAACUAUCUAGAGCAAAAUCUUCAACAAUAAGCGAAAAUACACCUUUUUACAAAACUGUAAGACAUCAACAAAGUGUGUUAAUUCAUCCAAAUAGUUGUCUAGUUGAACACAUACCCCGUUAUGUUAUCUAUUAUGAAUCAGUUUUAACAACGAAAGAAUAUAUGAGACAAGUGAUUGAAAUUGAAAAUCAAUGGCUAUUAGAAGUUGCACGACAUUUUCAUAAAACAAAAAAAUUAGAUGAAGAUAAUAGUGUUAAAAAAUUAUCAAAAAAAUUAGGGAAAACAAAAGAAGAAUUAGAACGAAACUAUUAG